GUGUGUGACAAGCCCCUCCCGGGUUAAGUGUAUAUAAGACCCACUCCAACCUUCUCCAAACAAACUCCCUUGGGGAUCUCUCAAGCAAAACUUAACUGACUUCCAGAGACUCAACUGUUGGACCUUUUUCUUUUUGGACGUCUGUGCAAGAAUCUUUCUGAGGAGACAUGGUGGCAGCCGCUUUACAGAUGUUGGGCAUUGCCCUGUGCAUUAUUGGCUGGAUCGGGGCCAUCGUUGCCUGUGCUCUGCCACAGUGGAAAGUGACGGCCUUCAUCGGACAGAACAUUGUCACGGCUCAAACCACUUGGGAGGGCAUCUGGAUGACCUGCGUGGUGCAGAGCACAGGUCAGAUGCAGUGCAAGGUGUACGACUCCAUGUUGAACCUCUCCUCCGACCUCCAGGCCGCCCGCGCCCUCCUCAUCGUCGCUAUACUGUUGGCCAUCAUCGGCGUCCUCCUGUCCAUCGCUGGGGGCAAAUGCACGAACUGCGUGGAGGACGAAGUCUCCAAAGCCAAAAUCGGCAUGGCAUCAGGUGUGAUAUUCAUCAUUUCUGGCAUUUUGUGCCUCAUCCCCGUGUCCUGGACCGCAAACACCGUCAUACAGGACUUCUAUAACCCACUGAUGAUUGGCUCCCAGAAGAGGGAGCUGGGAGCGGCACUCUUCAUCGGCUGGGGGGCCUCGGCCCUCCUCAUCCUGGGAGGUGCAUUCCUUUGUGCCAACUGCCCUCCCAAGGAUAACUACUCUGCCAAGUACUCAGCCGCCCAUUCAUCUAAACCCAGGGACUACGUGUGAGGAGAGAGGAGCCACAUGGGAAGAGACUGAAAAAAAGACUUUGCGGUCCAUGAGAUGGAUUCAUAGUCCCACAUCAUGUAUGAUUUGAAUUUCACAUUGAUUUUAUAGAGCUCUAUGUUCAGUUUAAUGGUUUCAUGUUGAGUUACAGCCUCUAUGUUUUUUUUUCCAUCUGUGCCAAAAUAAAGACUUGAGCACCACACCCAGGCAACUGCUUGUGUGGACCAAGUAAAAAAAGAUGGAACGACACAAACAUGUUACUGUGCUUUGCUUACUUAAUUCUCCUCUGUUGUUGUCAUUUGUCAUCAUUUCAUUUUAAUGUUCUGAAACUGUAAAUAAAGAUUUUUUAUUCCA